CGUCCGCAGGAGAAUGGCCGCGCGGCGCCUGACUUGACGGCGUCGCCCGGGCGCGCGCCGCCCGGGCCCCCGCAGCCGCCGCGCGCCAACCAUGCGCCCCCCUGCGUGCUGCAGCCGGACUUCCGAAAGGUGUCGGGAGUCAGUAAUGAAAUAUUUAGGCAGAUUGAAAUGGUUGAAAAUGAUCACGACACGACCACGGCUGCGGCGCUUGAGGCGGUGGAGCGACGCGGCGAGAUGAUCGUUCGGAUACUGGAAUUGAGACAAGUGGGCCGGAACAAUAUUGAAGCCGCCAAGAAAUUCUUCGCAUUGCAGGACGCCCGCCACAUAGUCCAACUAGUGGAGAUCGUGAAGCGUCCGGGUCAGACCCUGGGCCUCUACAUUCGAGAGGGCGACGGCGGCGCCAGAACUGACGGCGUGUUCAUAUCACGGAUAGCUUUGGAGUCGGCCGUGUACAACAGCGGGUGUUUGAAGGUGGGAGAUGAGAUCCUUGCGGUGAACCUGGUGGACGUGAGGCGGAUGUCGCUGGACGACGUCGUCAUCAUAAUGUCCAUUCCGAGGCGGCUGCUGCUGUGCACGAGGCAAAGGAAAGGCAAAUCAGGACCAGGUUCACCAUCGAUGCCGCGCUCGGAACACAAGCCGCCGCCGGUGGUGGUGCUCAAGCGGGACUGCCGGGACGACGAUGACAGGGACAGGGAUCGCGUCGAUGGACUGUACUCACAGCAUGGAACACUUCGGUCUACCGGUGGUCCAGGAUCUAGCGUCAGACCAGUUGGUGAUGGGAGGGAAGAACGAAGCCGACUCCAACUGGGAGCACUUUCACCAGAUUCCAACGCACUGGACCUUUACUACAACCCUCGGCCUCCAUCCGACCACUCCACGUGGAGCUAUAGACCACCGCCUCCAGUAAUAACGGAACAGCCCAAGUCUUCAGCAACUCAUUUUGUGCCAUACGAACGGUCUUACCCUAACACGCUUGAAAGUUUAGCUGAGAAGGUGCAUUCAUUGUACCCAGCGGAUAGUGGCAGUACGCGCUUUGGAGGGAGAGUCCCUCGUUCUGGAUCAGAACAACAGUUACCGAGAGCUGAGACACAUUCAGACUUUGGUCGACACUCUUUGUUGAGGUCUAGCUUGAAAGCUUCGGCCGCUGCUGGCAGUGGUGCAUCGAGUCUAUCAAGAUAUAAUCAAAGAUACGGAGGAAUUGGUGGUGUUGGUAUGCCAGGAAGUGGCCUAACAGGGACUGGAUUAUCAAGUGGUCUAGGAGGACCGGGCUUGGGAGGGCCAGGCCUUCCUUCAGGCUUGUCGACGACUGGGCUCAGCGGUUUAACUGGCUCUAGCCUGGUAGGCUCAGGACUUACCAGUUCAGGAUUGGGAACUGGAUUAAGUGGAACAGGCUUAGGAUCAACUCUUGGAGGAGGCUAUGGAACGACAGGGUUGGGUCUACCAUCAUACGGCUCCAAAUUCGGCACAACGAGAAGGAAUCGAAGCUUGGACUAUUCGUCGGAUACAGAAGCGACGGCGCCUACAAGAGCACCAUAUUAUUCGGGAUUGAGUGGCUACAGAAGCAGUACGCUUGGUCGAGGAGACAUCGGAUCUAAAUUCAAUUCUCUGCCAAGAGAUGUUAGGAACACUGGUCAAAGAUUGGGACUGAGCAGACGCGCUGGGAGUGUUCUUCAAGAUGAGCCGGAACCUUUAUCUUCGCGUUUAGAUCUACGUUCUUCCAGAGGUCGCCUCACGUCUUCGCCGUCAGUGUUCACGUCGGACGAGUACCGCGCGUGGCUGUCUCGUGCGCCGUCAACCAGCGCACUGUACGAGACGCUGCGUCCGCGCCUGCCUACCCACUACUCUGCUGAGAAUAUACACGAUGCAUUGAAAAACAUGGAAAGCGGCAGCCGCUUCGGCUCCUCUCUCGGCCUAGCCGGCGUCGCCGGUCGCCGCAUCGAGCGCCCCCGCCACCUGCCCGCGCGAUCGCUCUCCUCCCAGCAGCUGGGGCCCACCGCCGGGGGGUCACCGUCCGCGAGACGCGUCAGACAACUCCUGGAGCUGGGGUCCCGGUUCAACUGCCCCAACCCUAGCCCUGUGCCUACGCCAAGCUCGCGCCAUCAGAGGCAUCUUGACAUCAAUCCCAACGAGUUCCUAAAAUACAAAGUGGAGAAGCCCGGCUCUGGCGGUCUCUCAGCCUCCAUGACGGGUCUGUCCCGCCUCGCGGGCGGGGUUUCUGGCAUGCUGUGGGUGCACUUGCUAGCGGGACGAGGACUAAGGCCGGCGCCGUCCGGGGCUUCCCCGGGGUCGCCGCCGUCCGGGCCUCUGGCGCCGGCCCAGCCGCCAGUGGCGCCAAGAGACUUGUACUGUGUGCUGGAGUGUGAUCGAGUGCAUAAAGCGCGUACUGUGGUCCGCACUGGCGAGCUCCAGUUCGACUGGGACGAGUCAUUCGAACUAGAGCUGGUCGACAACCGGCAGCUGGACGUGCUGGUAUACUCGUGGGACCCGCAGCACCGCCAUAAGCUGUGCUACCGCGGCGCCGUCACGCUGCCCGACUUGCUGGCGCGCUCGCCGUCGCACCAGCUGGCGAUAAAGAUGGAGCCCCGAGGAACGUUAUACGUGCGCGUACGCCACACGGAGCCGCACGAGUUAUUCCGGCGGCGGCCGGCGCCGUCGCGUAUGUCACCGCCGCCAUUAUUCGGCGCGGAACUAGACGCGGUGGUAGCGCGAGAGAUGCGGCCGGCGCACGCGCCGCCGGUACCGCUCAUUGUACGUCGAUGUGUUGAGGAGAUCGAGAGAAGAGGGCUGGACAUUAUUGGUCUUUACCGCCUCUGCGGUUCUGCCAGCAAGAAGCGAAUCCUCCGAGAAGCGUUCGAGAGGAACGCUCGAGGCGUGGAGCUGACGCCCGACUCGGUGCCCGAUAUCAACGUUAUAACCGGCCUGCUCAAGGACUAUUUGAGGGAGCUACCGCAACCGCUGUUCAGCCGGUGUCUGUACCAGAUGACACUGGAUGCUCUUGGCGUCUGCCUCCCCGACGACCGCGAAGGCAACGCGCGCCUCAUGGCCUCGAUAGUCGAAUGCCUCCCUCGCGCCGCGCGUGCCACCCUCGUCUUCCUCCUCGACCACCUCGCCCUGGUUGUGGCCGCCCAGGACCGAAACAAGAUGUCCCCUCAACAUCUAGCAGUGGCCCUAGCACCACCAUUGAUGCUGCACUCCCAACCAGCAAAUGACCUGGACUACCAAAGACCGAUACAUGUCCUUCAAUGCCUGCUGCAGAUCUGGCCGCCGCCUAAGCGUUCAGGCCGAGUUCCGCCCUCAGUCAGUCCAUAUCGGCCUCAAGCGGCAGCAUCAGCAGCAUCUCCGCCGCCAGCUCUCUCGGGUCGGCCCGUGCCCGACCGCUCGCCGCCCGCACAUGUUCUCUCAUCAGUCAGGGCCGGCCAAUAUCGUCCGCAGUCGCCUCUCCGCGGGCCGCUGCCCGCUCCUCCUCGCUCCCGUCAAGUGACGGUGUCGUCGCCCGGCUCGCCCAGCAGUAGCAGCGGCAGCCACAGCCCCGCCGACACCAUCAAGCACACCGGCUCCGUGUCGUCUAUCCUGCGGCAGCCGGAGCGGGCGGCCUCGCCCAGAGGUAUGGGCAGCGGCUCGCCGCGCGCGUCGCCGCGUGACUCCCCGCGCGCGCACACGCCGCGUGAGAACACGUCGCGCGCGACGACCCCGCGUGACAACACGCCGCGCGAGAACACGCCGCGCGAGUCGCCGCGCGCCGCCAUCCCCGGCACGUCGGCCGGGCUGGCCGUCACGCUCAACUCGGCCGGCGCGCUCAGCCCGCGCUUCAGCUCCACCAACCCCUUCCUGCAGCAGUACGACGCCGAGGAGGAGGCCGAGGCCUGGCGCGCCGCCGACAUAUUCUCCUCCGCGCACACAUAGUGCUCAUAGCGAAUUGAGAUUUUCUAGUCAAUUUUUUUAAUCGAAUCGAAAGAGUGCUACGAUUCCGCUGUAUAUUAUGUUAUUUAACGAGCGUGGUGCGCGCUCGUGUAAUUGUUAUAUAUAGAGCGAGUUAUGAUGUAUAUUAUUGUGUGAAUGUAUACCUGCUGACGCGCGAGGCGCACGCCUCCCGCCCGCCGCCGCCCCGCCCCGUAGCCACUAUAGUGUUUAUGAUAUUGUAUUGUACAUUGUAUAUAAAUAUGUAGGUACGCUCCAGUUUUGUACCGUUCGGGCGAGGCCCGGCGGGCGGCCGCGGCGCUACACACAUCAUCCCACAUAUCAGAGACUUGCGUACGCUAUCGACACGGCAGCGGGCACACAACGCGAAUCCAUUCUCAUAGCUGCAUGUGUAUAUCUAUGACGUUGUAUAGAAGCAAUAUUUAAACUAUAUGAGAGCUAUAAUGACUUAAACAAUAAAUAGAGUAUUUAUCUUCACAAAUCGAUCUCUCAGAACGAUCUUAUGAUUAUUACAUUACGACUUAGAAGUAAAUAGACGUCCACAAGGUCCGUGUGUCGACAGCGGACUCAAGCCAGUAGCUCGACUAGGGAGAGUGUAUCAUAGAUCAGACGUACGGACUGUCUUGAGACUGAGACCAUAUCAGAGUAGCUCGUAGGCACCUCUCGCAGGGAUCCGUCGUAGAAGGAGCGAUUACGUCACGACUGCGCAGGAGUUCGCGACCUGUUGGAACGAACAUUAAACAUAUUCUAAAUAAUCCUUGUUCAUUAAUAACUUAAUAAAUAUAUAACGAUAUAUAAAAUAAUAAUAGUGUUAGUGGAGCAUUUUUACGAGUCGCUAAUUCUAUGAAGGGAUGGAGUAUUUACCCGUUGAGAUCGGUCGCAAUCUCAAGAUCAGAGGUGAUGUGUUUGGGUUUGGAAUAUUUGGGACCUUAGUAAAUGAUAAUAAAGUAAGUAUAAUAAUAAUAUCGAUUUGCUCGAGCACUGAAAGUCAGAGCGUUCAAAAACCAAUGACUUACGAAUCAAAUCUUAGAUUGAAAAUGAUCAUAAAAUAAAUUAUGCGAUUUGAAUUGACGACAAGAGCAAACUUUAUUGGUAUUUCCUAAGGGUUUAUGCUUGAGGGUUAAAGGAUUGAAUGGUACAGGGAUUCUAAACUCCGAAAACACCACCUCAGUUCUAUAACUAGCGUCUGCUAGACAUAUAAGAGUGGGUGAAAUCGACCAAUGACAGCACUGACCGUACCCUUCACUGCCAUGAUUGGUCCAUUUAUUAUAGAAAACAUAUAUUAUACACUUGUUUAUAUGUCUGUCGGAGGCUACACGGUUACUAUAAUAUUACUUUUGAGCGACACUUCAAGACGAAAUUUUGUUAUUUAAUGUCUACUGUUUAUAGAUUUGCACAAAUAACACGACUGAUAUGGGACACAAAAAGUUUUUGAUAUUUUUACUUUUGUACUUGUUCCUGGUUUGUAACGAUAAAUAGUUAUGUUGAGAACCUCGCCUUUAAUGUACCUCUAACUGUUCAUAUCUGCUCACGAAUUUCAUGUGUAGAAGUUUUAUAUCCAAUACUUAUACGAGUUUGUCAUUCUGAAUCAUUGUUUCGCAAGGGCUUUUAUAAUCACUUAUCAUGUUAUUCAUAAAGAUGAAGUUCGUGUUCAGAUAGCGCCUAGACAAAACCCUUUAGGGAGUCGUUACAUUCGGUGACAAUAUGUAGCGAUAAUUUUAAUCCAUCGUGAGUAUUGGUAGCGUCUUCGUAAAGGUUUUGUGAAAACUCGUUCACUAUCUUCAGGAUAAAAAUAUCUGCUCUACAUUUUUGAAUGCCAAGGGCAACUUACGCUGUUUAAAAGUUUUAAUAUUAGCUUUCAAGUACUUUGCUAUAAUGGUUUAUACUAUACUACCUACAAUCGUUAUUCCCAGUUAAAAGCAGAUAUUUUAUUUCCCUAUGAUAGUAAUCGUGACUAGACAAUAUAGGAUUACCUACUGUGGUUGAGAUGAUGUAUUUUCAAAUAUAAAUAACUAUUAAGAUCAAAAACAUUAAAAUUAUAUACCUGGUAAAAUUAUAUAGCAUUCUAAUAUUACUACCAUCAUCUCGCCCACACUAUGAUAACGUAAGACUUGAAUUGUCGCUCGACAGUCGGUAGCCGGCCGCGUGUAGCGGUAGUAGCGGCAGUGUAGUUAUAAAACUACCGCGCCCGUGAAAACGACUAUCGUAGUUAUGAAACUACAAUAACCUUCGUAGCGGAGACGUAGUGGGAAAGCUAUAAUAACCAUC